CCACCCCCCUUCUGGGUGAUUUCCAAGAAAAACAAAAUAGAUCCUGAACCCCAGGCUCUGAUCAACAGUAAACAGCUGAAAAAGCACCAUCGCCAUGGAAGAGGGUCUUGAGAUCCAGACCUCCUUGCUGUCCACUCGGGAUCCCAUGCUCCAGGAUGCUAACACUGACUGUGAGGUCUCCCGAAUGCACUUCAGACAGUUCCAGUACAGUGAGGCAGCAGGCCCUUGGGAAAACUUCCACAGACUCUGGGAGCUUUGCUGUCAGUGGUUGAAACCAAAAGUACGUUCCAUAGAACAAGUCCUGGAGCUGCUCGUGCUGGAGCAAUUCCUCACUAUUCUGCCCACAGAGAUAGAGUCGCGCGUGAGUGCAUACGGCCCAGAGAGUAGAGAAAAAUUGUUUGCACUGAUAGAGCACUUACAAAGAGAACGUGAGACAACAGGACAUCAGUUUGACAUGCGUGACGUACUCUUCGAUGAACUGGCGCCCUUUAGAAUGGUACCGCCGCUACCAGAAAUGCGCCUGGAGCCACCUGCACUGCCGUUAAUGGGACCAGUCCAGGAGGCCCUGGUGCCAGGAGCCUGGAGUCCACAGGCAGGCCCCCUGGGGCUGAACUAUGGAGCUGCUGGUGAAUGCCUCCACCUUCUGGACCCCGGACAUGCAGUACCACAGCCUGACUGGAGCUAUUCUCUGGAGCCUGGACUGGAGCUGUACACAGAGGAACUGCAGGAUUCUGAGAGCUUGGAACAAUCCUCUGACUCCAAGAGAGACAGGAAUGCCCUUUGCGGUCAUAACUUACUGAACAACUGUGAACAUCUGGAAGUUCCCCAGGAAACAUCCUCAGAAGAGCUGCUGAGCAUUGGCAUCGAGAAGCCCUGUCUAGGACAGGCAUCCCAAAGUGCAGACCAGAAGUUGCCUCUGAAACCUAGGGCCAACAAGCAAAAGCCCAACACAACCAAUCCUUAUUGUUACCCUCCGUGUGCACAACAGUUUGCCUAUAACAGGCCACUUCCUUGUUACCCAAAAAUUCAAACAGGAGAGCCAGCUUACAAAUGCCACAAAUGUGGGAGACAGUUCCUUCACCAGUCAGACCUUGAUAAACACCAGCAUACUCACACAAAGGAGAAACCCUUUCAGUGCACCCAGUGCAGCAUGCAAUUCACUCAGCUGGCACACCUUACACAGCAUGAGAGCAAACAUCUUCAAAAACAGUCCUAUCAAUGCCCUGUGUGUAGGCAGAACUUUGCUCUUUGGUCCAGCCUGACAGAGCACAGGAAAACUCACAAUGAGGGAAAGAGUCAUGAGUGCCAGACCUGUGGAAAAUGCUUUAAUCGGCGGGCAACUCUCCUUCAGCACCAGAGAAUACACACUGCAGAGAGACAAUUUAUCUGUGACUAUGGUCCAAAAAGCUAUAGGUACAGAUCGAGCCUGAUAAUACAUAGAAGAACCCACACAGGGGAGAAGCCGUACAAGUGUAGCCUCUGUUCCAAAGGCUUCAUAAAGAAAGCAGACCUUACUACCCACCAAGCUGCCCACUUUCGAGAAGAAUUCCCUAAUAAUACAUCCGCAGAAAUGGGCCCUGCAGGAAGUAGCAACCCAUAAGAGCCUGCUCCUGCAGGCUGCACUGUCCUGCAAGGGCAAUGUCAUUUGCACUCAUUUCUGACAAGAGCUUUGCAUUUGGCUACAUUUAAAACCCACCUGCCCAGGCAUAUAAACUCGAGAGUAUUCACCUGCUGGUUCCACUAUCCUGGAUUUGAUUUUCUUGGCUGGCCUUGGCAGAACUAGUUUAAGCAUUGCAAUGAAAAUUCUUUUUUGUCACAAGCCAGGCAGCCAAACUAUAGGCAUAAGUGUGACCCAUAUAAAUGGAGGCAUUUUCCCCACCGUACAUAGACAUCCCCAGUGGCUCUGUAGCUAUGCAUUAUUUUCACUGAUAAAGUUCUGACCUGUGAAGGAAAUGCACCCACUCUCCUUGCUUCCGUCUCAUCAGCUCCUUCUCUGAGCAACAUAGAAAUGCCUCCUGAACAUUGGUGACAAGAAAGUUGCUUGACCCCUGCCCCAGCCCACAACAGCACCACCCGCUUCAGUGUGGCUAUGGCGCUCUACUUGGGCAUCAUUUCAGCCUUUACCAGUGUCCACUUUUGACAUGCAGACAAUUUCAAAGACAUAUGGCCAUCUCAGGUACUGUGAAGAGCAGCAAAAGGGACCCAUCACAUACAUACUGUGCCGCUUAAAUGAAAUACAUUAGCACGUGGGUCGUGCUCCACAGUAAGCUUCCAGUAUAUAGUCAUGCACUGUAACUUGUUUUCUUUGCUAAUAGAAGUGAAAGCAUUUAUGGCAGUGAGUUUUACUUUAUGUCUAGUUUUCGUUACCCUCUAUCAAUUUGAGGUAAUUUUCUUUUUGAUGACCUUGUUGUCACUCAUGGUUUGGUUUAUUAUCACCACUGGCAUUUUAGCUCGUGUUGGCUCCCAGAGCUGGACCAUGCUGAUA